UCACGAGGUCAUGGGAGUCCAAUUCAAUAUGAAGUUUCUGUUGAACAUUUGGCUUAGUGUGUUUUUACUCCAUUUGAACUUGAGCAACUCAUGAUUAAUGACGAUGUGAAACAAUGAUUUGAUUUAUCAGAAGCAUUUAUUUGGUUCUCCAUCCUCUUGCAAUGGACUACCAUUUCCCCUAACACCUUUUUGUGUUAUAACACUUUAGUGCUUCAUGGGUGGGUUCACUGGGUUGAUGUACUUUGGCAGGAGUUUCUCACUUUCAAACGGCCAGGGUUGUUCUGUGGGAUUGUCAACGAUUAAGACGUGUGCAUGUGUCCAUGGUUACCAGAUACUAGUAGUACUUAGCUUGUUCUCAUGUCAGAAGCAGAGAAUCAUAAUGAAGUUGUAGGACAGAGAUAUUACAGAGGAGGCAAAGGUGACCUGGAGUGGUCUGUAACCAACGGGGAAGCCUAGUUCCAAAGGAUGAGCUGCUUCAAGACUUUUACAGAUCUUGAGGAGUCAUUUACUCGCCCAAACCAUUGAUGGAAACACAUGCAAGGACAGUCAUCAAUGCAAGACUAUUGUAAGCUUUAAUUUAAAGUUUGAAUUUCUUAAAUAUAAAACUGUUAAUUACCUUUUAUUGUGCUUAGUAAACCAAAAAUGGGUAUAAAAUGUUGAUUUUCUCUUUAAAGAAGACUUCACUUCAUGUUUUCAACUUGUUACUGAGACAGGUAGCUGGGCUGUGAAAUAGGACAGGAAAAACACAAGAUCCUAUUCACACCCUUUAUUUUACUCUCUCUCACUCUCUGUUUUUCUAUCCCACAAGCAUGUAUGUCCAGUGUGUGUGUGUGUGUGUCUCUGUAAUAUAUCCGGUCACUGUAGAGGCCAGGGGGCUUCUUCUGUCCAGGAAGCUAUGUGCUAUUUUAUUGUGCUAUGCCAUGGGAGGCGUGCCAUAUCAGAUUACUACUGUUGACAUGGGCUUGGCUUUACAGAUGUUCCUACUGGAUGUUCUACAGGUCAGUAAUGUUACUCAUUGCUUGCAUGCCAGUCAGUCCGUCAACUCCACUGUCUCAUGUCUGUCUGUCUGUAAUCUCUCUGGCCUGGAGUCCUUUCUGUCCCUGGCUCUUUUGCAGAUUGAGGCCUUCUAUGUUUCUCUGAUCCUUCAAGAGGAACUGACCCAUCCCUACCUUCAGGCUAGUGAGCCUCAGCGGUUUGGCACCCAUUGGCAAACUCAUGCCAUGGGUGGUUGUCUCCAUGCCUUUUGGGGUCUUCUCCUAUGUCCUGCUGUAGUUCAUGUCUCAAGCCUACAGUGUUCCCUGGUACCUCACAGCAAACUGCCUGUUUGAGACCCUCAUGACAUCCAGCCUGUUAUCUACUCUUCCUUCACAUAUAUGUAUUAAUGUGCCUUCCCUUUCGCUGAACAUGAGACAGAGACUCUGCACAGCCUACAGGAUGAGUGUGGAGAAGCUGGCAAUGCUGGUGGCCUCUGUGAUUCAGGGUCAGGUUGAGGCUGUAUUCUACACAGAGAAGGCUGGGGCAUGUCAGCAGUUGGACCAGAGCCAGGAGCUGCCUCACAACACCCCUUCACCACAAACCGAUGUCUUUGGGGAACUUUGCACUGUUCUGUACCCAUGCAGCUGGGCUUGGGUCCCAGUUCCAGCCCCUUCCGUCUCUGCUGGUAGGGCUGGUCUUCUUCCACCUGUACCCCAUCAACAAGGAACAACGCCUCCAGCUCCAGAGAGAGCAAGGCAUAGAAGGAGAUAGGCUGAACACGCAGUCAUCAGUCAAGACGCCAACCACCUUUUUAUUUAAUUUAGCCUUUACUUAUCUAGGCAAGUCAGUUAAGAACAAAUUCUUAUUUACAAUGCCGGCCAAACCCGGAUGGGCCAAUUGUGUGCCACCCUAUGGGACGCCCAAUCACGGACCGAUGUGAUACAGACUGGAUUCGAACCAGGGACUGUAGGGACUGUAAAAUAUAUUUUGAUUUUGGUUACUACAUGAUUCCAUAUGUGUUAUUUCAUAGUUUUGAUGUCUUCACUAUUAUUCUACAAUGUAGCAAAUAGUACAAAUAAAGAAAAACCCUUGAAUGA